AUGACGAGAGACUUACACCCGUACCAAUCGACCUACUCUAACGUAGUCAAACUCAACAUAGAAGAUGGUAAUGAAAAAAAUCUAGAUCGCUCAGUGGCAAGUGAGAAACCCGAAACCUCGGUAAAAGCUGAACGCCGGCUUGCACCACAGUCUUCGCUUAUAAGGCAUCCAGGAUUCCAGGAAUGUCAAAAGCACUCUACACCUACAACAAGUAUUGCGAAAAAUCCAGCUAGCGCCGUUGUUUUAGAGUCAGCUUCGAGUUCAGGAGUAACAAAUGGACCCCACUCAAUACCAAAGUUGUUGAAACCAGGAAAUAUCAAAGAUGUGGAAUCGAACACACAGGAUCCUGGCUUGCACCAAUUGAUUAUCAGCAGACUUCGGAAUGGUGGCGAUGGGCCCGAAGUUGAGGUAUUCUCGAACAUUUCAGAAGAAGAUUAUCAAUAUGUUUUGAAUGCUAUUGGAUCUGACGAUAAACUGGUUCGCAAACCAUCAUACAUCCCCAGCCUUCGCCAAAUCAUCGCCACCACGCCCUCACCAAUACAUGAGGCAAUCCUAGUGCCUUUGCUCACUGCGAUGGGGAAUGUCAUUGAUUCUUUUGUCAUUCCUGAUGAUUUCGAGGUCUCUCUACCUAUCCACAUGGGGCAUAUGCUGGAUGCGCCCGCUACUGCAGAACUCCCCUCCAGUGAUCAGAAGUACCGCCUUAGAAUACCAGACUUGUCAUUGAUGUUUCAGACGCGCGAUGCUGAUGUCUGUCCCUACUGGCCAUUCGAGGUGUCUGUUUCUCAGACAUCUGAAGGUGCCAUCACCCAGUUGCAAAAAUUCACCGAUCAGAAUGAGCACGUACUCUACCCCAACCGAGACAAGGAGGGCCUGGAGAAAGUUCAACAGAUGUUCCAAUGCACACUUGAGAGAAUCUGUGAAGCAGUUCUUGUACACCUACGUACUGAGCAUGCGCAUGAUGAUACGCUCCUCAACUCACUCCAGGUUGUCCAGGAUUGGUCUCCACCAAAUGAGGUAGUUGACUGGAAGAAAUGCACCACACAACUGCGGCCAGCAGUGAAGCAGACGGGGUUCGAACGGUACCGCUUAUGGCACCAUAACUUUCUCAAGCGCAUGUCUGAUGAGACCGAGGAUGCUGGAGCUGGACCAAGGAAGAAGAGAGGAAGAGUCACAUAUUCAAGAGGUGUCUGGAUCUCUGUCUGCGUUUGUCUGUUCCAUCUCUUAAGGAUAUCACGUGUGCUGCGGGAGAGGACAAUCAUCUUUUUCAUGCCUGUUGGCCCAUCUAUGUGUCACAUGCAUCUUCUGGUGACGAUCUGGUAUUGA